CAAAGGGGUAAGCCUCACCCCUCUCUCCCCCAUUUCGGCCAAGCUACAGCAAGAAGAGAAAGAAAACUCUUCUUCUUCCUUCCUCCAUUGUUGAAGAGAGCUCAUCAAGGAAGAAUCACCCAAAAAGGAGUUAAGGUGCUAAAAGUGUGAAAAGAUUAAGGCACUUGUAAAGGGUAUUUCAAGCGAUUUCACAAAGUUGGAAAAGUCGCCGGAAUUGUCGCCGGAGUUGACCAAAAGUCGCCGGAGUUUCACCGGAGUUCAACCAAGAGGGGUAGAACUUCAUACGCUAGUUCAAGGUAUUUUUCUAAGAGGCAUGAGAUGAACCUAUUCAGCCAAAUUCCUGGAGGAAUUCCUUACCCUCAAACCUCCAUGGAAUAUUCACCAUAUACGCCUUACCCUCCUUACACUCCUCCUCCUCAAUAUUACUCACCUCAUCAAAAUUAUUCUCCAACACCACAAAAGUUUCCAUCUUCCUAUUCUUACCCUUUUCCAAAUACGCAAUACUCCCAAUGUCAUUCUCCUAAUCAGUAUCCUUAUCCACAAUAUCCUCGGACAAAACCAGGCUCCAUUAUGGAAUUUCUCAUUCAAACUAAAAGUCCCGAGGAAUUGGUUGAUUACUUUCCUAAAAAUAGCAUUUGUAACUUCUGUGGAGGUGGCCACCAUUCAUGUCUUUGCCCCAUUCCUCCAUACGACCAUCCUUACUGGGCAACUGCAUACCCCACUUCUUCCUCCACACAAUUUACGAACACAAAUGUUUCAGUCACUCCUACGUCUUUGCCGAGCUAUGAACCACAAGAUGAAGUGGAAGAGAUAAUUUCAGAGAAGCUGUCUCACCUGGAAGAAACACUCAAGCAAUUCAUGCAAGAAAUUGAGGCGAGCAUGGCAAUUCAACAGCAAGCAAACACAAGGAGGCAGAACAUGGAGAAUCAAUUGGGGCAGAUUAUAAAGGCUUUAUCUGAGGAGUCCGAGAGAUCUUAUCCUAGCGACACAGACACUCAACCCGAGGAGACCAAUAUGGAUGAUCACGUGAGCGAGUCAGACUAUGAUAGUGGGAAUAUGAUGGAUGAUACACUUCUAGAUAUUUUUGAAGACCCACCUAUGUUUGCACUUGAACAAGAAGAUAGUGGUGAUGACCAUACAGAAACUCACCAGCCGUUUGAUUUACCAUUAGUCUCAACACCUGACGAGGAUGGCAGGGAGCAGGUCCGUCAUGACGUUGAUGCAGCCACUGAGGUAGGUUUGGGAAUAGAUGAUUACAAGCUCCAAGAGAGUGGGGGUGAGAUAGAUGAUGUCCAUAAUGAAGAAGUCCCGCUCCACAAGCAAGAAUUCCCUUCUUGUAAACAUGCACCGGUCCACUCUUACGUGGUUUCAAAUUUGGAUUUCUUUGAUCCAUUCCUUGGUGAUGAUAUUUCUUUGUGUGUGGAGAAUAAUCACAACUGCUUGGAGGAUAUUAAUAAGAAGAGUGACGAAACGAAUUGGGAUGCAUUCAUGGGGAGUGAUACAGAGUCUGGAGGAGAGGUUGUGAAUUUUCAUGAUAUCUGUGAGGAAGAAGAUGACUUUUCUAUGGUGCAGUUUGAUUACGGUGUUGCUCCUACUCCUUGCUUUGAGACAUCUUUUGAGCUUCCGGUGAUACCUAGAGUAAUCAAAGUUCUCACUCAUGUUUCCUAUCCACCUGAAGAGGAUGAGAGUUUCAUCCUUCACUUCUGUGCUGAUGAGGGUUAUGAAGACCAUGUGCUGCCUACGCAUAUUCGAGAAUUUAAGAAUCUGCGCCACUUAAUGGCAUUUGUUGAAAGGAAGCUGGAAACGUUGAUUGUUAGUGCACCACUGCAGUCUUUGCUAUUUGAGAGCAUAUGAGGAAGUAUCGUCGGGCACACGACGUUAAAAAUAGCGCUUCUCGGGAGGCAACCCGAGCUUAUUUUUACUUUUGCUUUUGCUUUGUUUGUUGUUUGGUUGUUUUGCUUUGUGUUUUUGUUACAGCUCAGGGUCUUGUUGUAUGGGUGAUGUGCCGAGGAUUACAUUGACUCAGUUUAGUUCUGCAUCGACUAGCGCCUUAGGGAAGUUUCUGCGACUUUUUUAAUCGCCUGUUUGUAAUAAUUGACUUGAGUUAAGUUGAGCACGCGUGACCCUUUCCUCUUUACCCCUUGUGCAUAGUGCAUUUUUGGUCAUCGAGGACGAUGCCAAAGUUUAAGUGUGGGGGAGUGAAUUGGGCAUUCGGGCAGUAGUUGUUACAUGUGAUUUUUAGAGUUAGCAUGCGCAUGUGUUAGUUGUAUAUUCAUAAAAAAUUCAUGUCAAAAUUUUUGAAAAUUUUUCUUUAAACUGUGUCUUUGUGAGCUGGCUAGCAUUUUGACUAUGCUUUUAGGACAUCCUUGAAGUGUUUAGGCUUAAAUUGCUUGCAUGGUAAUCUAGUUGCUGAAAGGAUGAAGGCAUUAGUCACCCAUUGAAUUCUCCAUCAAUCAUCCACCCACCUGAAAAAAAUCCUUUAGGAGAAGCCAUUUUGAGCCUGACCGUUCUUUGUUUACCCAAUUAAUUUAGCUCCAUAGCCAAAUGGCCUGUUUCUUUGCCCAUGAAUAUUUCUGACCUAGUCUUGAUGUUUAGGGAAUUAAGGGAUUAAUUUGCCAAGAUUAGGGAAUUUUGUGUAGGAGCCAUUUUUGGCACUGUUCCUAUGCCCCAAAUGGGGUAAGAGCAGUCAUUUUUUAGGAAUUUGAUACUUUCGAGGAUUGCAUUGUAGGCAUGGAUUCACUUUUAAAUUAAUGAACUUAAAUUGCUAUUUUUCCUUGGUGAGGCCGAGAUUAGAAUGGGGUAAUGUCUAGUGAGAAUCCGAAAGGUGAAAAAUUAAUAUAGCUAGACCUCUUGCCUUACGAAAAAGAGAAUGGGAGCCCCGGUCAAAAAGCGUAAGAUGAGACUUGGGUAUCUUUCGAAAGAAACGGCGUUCUCGUGCCAACAUGACAAGGGAAACUGAAUUUAAUUAAUAAACUUGGAGGAUAUCUCAAAAAUUAGCUUUAGUCCUCCGCGUACUUCAAGUAUACGUCAAAGCACAGAUGUGCUGAGACGGUUUAGCUUAGUUGUACACCAUGUCUACUCUUUGCAUAGGUUUAAAUGAUUGUUCCUAAUUUGUGGCCUACUAAAUUCCUUGUUCCUAAGAAUAGCCCUGAAGUUCCUAAAUACAUUAAGUCUUUGUUAGAAUAUUCCUAUCUCUCAAAAUAAAGGGACUAUUAUCAUUAACCAUUAACCAUCACAUUCACAAGUCCUUCUGAUCAGUAGCUAGCUUAUUUGUGUAUGCUGUCAUUACUUUGAGGAUGUUGUGAAUAAUUGUGUCAAAUAGUUUAACUUGAGUACAAAGUUGUAGUUUAGGGAAGAAUUUUCUUGGUUUAGAUUGUUUGUCCUGUGAAUAUCCAUUUAACUACGUGUGCAUGCUAACUAUUUUAAAUUCUGUGUGGUGAUUAUCGUAAGUCCCGUUGUUCAGUUUGCUUGAGGACAAGCAAAGGCUUAAGUGUGGGGGGAUCUGAUAAGUCCGUAUUUAGACACGCAUUUGAUGCGUGUUGGGAUUGGAUUUUGAUGGUUUUCCUAGAUUUAAGUUGUUGCAAGUCUUAAUUUUAGCUCAAGUUAUGUUUAACAUGCGUUGGUUCAAGUUUUGUUGCAUUUGGAGUCAAAAUGAGGAAUUUAGAGUUGAACAUCGGCACUUGAGGAGCAAUCGGGAUGAUUCGAGAUGCAUUCGAGAGUGGAUUGAGAGAUUUGGAGGUCACCGGAAGAUUCACGAUGAAGAUUUGAAGGAAAAAGAGCUCUAGGAUUGGAUUCGGGAUCAAAAGAAGAUGAAUGAAGCUUGAAAACGACGAUCAGAAUGACCUUCUGUCAAUCGUUCAAGCUUAUCUCUUUGUAGGAACAACCAAUGGACACGAUUCAAGUUGCAUAAGAAAGCCAACUUCAAGGGCUACAAAUCAUAUGAAGACAUCAUUCCGAGAAUCUGAGAGGAUCAAGGUGAAAACAGAUGAUGAAGUCAGAUGAUCUCUGCUGCGAUUUCAGAAAUACACCUUCCACCGUUUUGAUCAUAUCUCUUGAUUGGAUGAUUCAAGUCACAUUCGGCAAGUUGGGGUGGAUAGAGGACUUCAUUAUCUACAACUUUCAUGAAGGAAGUUUUGUCAAAUUCGGACUAGAAAAAAGGCUGAAGAUCACGGACGCACGACCGUGCGUAGAAGUACGCACGAUCGUGCGUAAGAGCGAAAACGACCAUGAAGCUACUGCCAUGUACGCACGAUCGUGCGUACCAGGCCACACACGAUCGUGCGUACACCCGAGACGCGGAUUUCAACCCUUUUUUAGUCCCAGUUCAGCCCAAACUCAUCUGUUUUCUAUAAAUAAGACCCCCAUACCCAUAUUUUGAUGUUACGAACAUUACGGAGAGGCCUAGGGACGAAUUUAACACCGUUUUUACGCUAUUUUCUUCCAAGACCCUGGGAUUAUUUGUAAGUUCAUCUUUUUAAUUAAUGACAAUUAUUUCUAUUCAUCCCAAUUCUGUUGAUUCUUCAAUUAUGAAUUGUGAGUAGUUUAAUUAGGGAUUUGGAAUUGAUGAAGGGGUUGAUCAUGAUGUAUGGCUAGAUUCUUGUUGGUUUAAUUGCAUGAAUGUCGUUUAAUUUGUGUUUGAAUAAUUUAACUGAUAUCUUUUGUAACCUGGAACCGCGGUUAGAAUUACAAUUGCUUGUAGAAUAAAUUAAGAGAGAUCUAGUUUAUUCUAGGACACAUUCACACACACUUAAUCGUUCGCUAAGAGAUUAGUAGCGAUUAAGGGGCCGUAAGCU